CUGCCGGGCUGAAGCGUGCGACGGUUGCAGUUGCUCUGCCGGUGUGGUGGCACGGCGGAUUGAAGGUGGCAGGAGAAGCUGUGCGGCGGCGUGAGGACCGUCGACCUCAACGGUGGAGCCCGCGCUCUGCUACGCGCCGGCGGCGGCUCCGUGGACCUUGUCGGAGCGCGCGCGCGAACCCCUCAGCGUGCAAGUGUGCCACGAUCAGGGCCGGUGGACGCCGUGGGAAGCUGUGCUGUUUUCCCGACGGGCCGAGCUGCCGUUGGCGGCCUCGGGCCGCGACGGCACCGAGCGGCCCCGGAGCGCGGUGCUGCGCACCGAGCGCCGCCGCACUUCGCCCAGCGCCACGGCGAGCGCCGGCGAGCACGGCGCCGAGACGCUCGACCUGUCGCCUGCCGCCGCCGGCCGCAAGCGCGACGUGAACGGCGUCAUGGCCGUGGCCCGCGCAGCCGGACAGCCGCCGCCGGCGUCGAGUCCCGUCUACGCUGGACGCUUCUCCGUCGCCAGCCCCCUCCAGGACGUUCCUAAAGAUGGGCUUACAGACUUCAUUCCAAAAAAGAGCCUGAGGAGAAGCGUUGCAAACGAAAGUCCAAGGAGUUGGAUGGACCCGAAGCUGAUGCUGUCCGCCUCGCCGGACACCAACUUUAGUCCCAAGAUCUCCGGCAUUCCUUGCGUCGCCGCGGCGUCUCGCUACACGGCGCCCGUGCACAUCGAUGUCGGGGGCACCAUCUACACCUCGUCGCUGGAGACGCUCACAAAGCACCCGGAGUCCCGACUGGCGCGCAUGUUCAACGGCAGCAUCCCAAUCGUGUUGGACAGUCUGAAGCAGCACUACUUCAUCGACCGGGACGGCAAGAUGUUCCGGCACGUGCUCAACUUCCUGCGCACCAACACGCUGGCCGUGCCGGACAACUUCGCCGAGCUCGAGCUGUUGUACGAGGAGGCACGCUACUACGACAUCCCGGCUCUGACGCGGCAGCUGGAGGCGCUGCGCGCCCAGCGGCAGCGGCGCGCCGCCCAGCAGCAGCCGCCGGGCGGUGCCGUGGCCAGCACGACGAGCACGUCGCCGUCGCAGCUGAGCCCGGCGUCGGCACAGCCCAGGCGGCCCGACCAGACGAACCACUGCGACGGCCUGGUGGCACCCUCGGAACCAGACGCCGAGCGCUUCCAGGACUCGGCCUUCCAGUGCCUGGCGCUCAACAUCAGCCCCGAGAUGGGCGAGCGCAUCGUGAUCAGCGGCGAGCGGUCGCUCGUCGAGCACGUCUUCCCCGAGAUCUCGCAGGCACUGAUGGACGUGCGCAGUGGAGUCGCCUGGAACCAGGACACCAAGCACGUGAUCCGGUUCCCGCUCAACGGCUACUGCAAGCUCAACUCGCUGCAGACCAUCACGAGGCUGCUGAAUGCCGGCUUCCGCGUGAUGGCCUCCAACGGCGGCGGGGUUGAAGGACAGCAGUUCAGCGAGUACCUCUUUGUGCGCAAGAACCUGCCCGCCUGACGAGUGCGCGAAAGAACGGGGACGCUGCCGCCGGCCGGCGCCCCGGCCUAGUGAACUGUUCCGAUGGCUUUUACUUUCUACCCGCGCCUGAAAAAAAGAAAGGGGUUCUCGUGGGAGCGGUGUGCCUCUCUGUGCCACACACAUACACACACACACAUACGCACCCUGGCCGCUCUUCGCGGGCUUGGGGUGCACGCGCUCUAUAAUACAUGCUUCAUCGCUGGAACACAUGCCUGUGUAUCUUCGCUGUCAUAUGGCGGGCCACUCUGCAAUAAAGAUCUCAGACCGCAUCACCUGGAUUCGCAAGUGGUAUGCAUCGGAGGUGAGCCUCCCGGAAAGUGGCGCGGGUAGGGCACCUUAAUGAGGUACAUUUUCACCUGCUAUUAAGUAUAUGUACUCAUUGCAUCUGUGUACAUAAAUAAAAUGGCGGUUGUAAAGAUGUA